AUGUCAACUGUGAACAUACUUUUACUAUCAACAGAGUACUUCGCAUACAGGAUUUGUUUAGCAAAUGGUACAUGGCUCGCCAAUUGGACAAACUACAGCGCAUGUUCUGAAGGCUACUCUGAUACAUAUCUCAAGGAUAUGAGUGAGAUCCACCUGUACAAGAUCCUGAUAGAUGUUAUCUUCAUCACCAACCUCAUCUCGCUCGCCUUCCUCAUCAUCACACUCUUCAUCUUUUGUUACUUCAGAUCAAUUCAGUGCAGCAGAAUCUCAAUCCACAAGCAUCUGGUUGUGUCCUUCAUCAUCAGCUUCAGCAUUAGCGUGUUCCAGGUUCAGUCAAACUCCUUCUCCAUUAGAGAUAUUGAGUGGCUGUGUAGGGCCGUGGUGACGGUGGCCAAAUACUCCCAAAUGGCCAACUUUGCCUGGAUGCUGGUGGAGGGGAUUUAUCUUCACAACCGUUUGGUGGUCACCGUCUUCCCCUCGGCUGCCCCCUUCAAAACCUUCUACUUCAUCGGAUGGGGUCUACCUGUGCUGUUUACGGGGCUCUGGGCGGGGCUUAUGUCACGUGAUCACCACGAGGCCUGCUGGCAAGGUUACGCCAAGAACAAACUCAUCUUAAUCAUCUUCAUCCCCAUCAUAAUCGCCUUGGCGUUUAAUUGUGCCUUUCUGGUCAAUAUCAUACGAGUGCUUGUGGUCAAACUACGAAAUAACAAUCUAAUGGAAUCACGACGAAUAAGGAAGGCGAUUAAAGCUACUGUGUUGUUACUGCCCUUGCUGGGCGUGGCCAAUUUUCUCUUCCUUGCCCAGCCCGUCAACAACGAUAAUCUGACCAGGGCCUUCAGGGUGUUGAAUGCAUUGCUACCUGCUUGUCAGGGCAUCUUCGUCUCUGUGUUAUAUUGUUUUAUUAAUUCAGAGGUCCAGAACGCAAUUAAGAAAAAAUGGAGGCGAUGCCGCACUAACAGGGCCAUGGGCAAGAGGUCACGCCGGCAGAGUUCAAGGACAUCGUCGUAUUUCCUCUCUCAGAGUGAGGUCCCUGCGACUCGCCGGCAGAUGGCGCUAAGUAAAUCGUACAUAUCACGUGAGCGAGACUACCACUCUAUGAGUGUCCUCAACAUGACGCCCGAAAGGGAGGCCAAGAUGUCCCUGUGUGGCCUCCCCCAGCCCACCCUCAUAGCCGCACAGUCACGCAAGAACAAGCUGACCCCCACUACGUCAUACAUAGAGAACCCCAUCACCCAGGACACCGAUGGGUCAGAGAGGGAGGAACUGGGUCAACAGUUUCUUCACACAAGUGUUGCUGUUGGGUGUGAGAAGGUAUGGAGCAGAUGCUGGUUCAGACCACCUACAGACCACCUACAGACCACCUAUAGACCACCUACAGACCACCUACAGACCACCUACAGACCACCUACAGACCACCUACAGACCACCUACAGACCACCUACAGACCACUUACAGACCACCUACAGACCACCUACAGACCACCUACAAACUAUCUACAGACCACCUACAGACCACCUACAGACCACCUACAGACCACCUAUAGACCACCUACAGACCACCUACAGACCACCUACAGACCACCUACAGACCACCUACAGACCACCUACAGACCACCUACAGACCACUUACAGACCACCUACAGACCACCUACAGACCACCUACAAACUAUCUACAGACCACCUACAGACCACCUACAGACCACCUACAGACCACCUACAGACCACCUACAGACCACCUACAGACCACCUACAGACCACCUACAAACUAUCUACAGACCACCUACAGACCACCUACAGACUACCUACAUGUUACAGUAAUGAUUAG